UUCCGCAACAACGCCAACCGGACAGCAGCUCAGCGCAUCUCAGCUCCGCUCGCCUCGCCCUCGCCGCCACCGCCAUGGCCGGCACGUGCGCGCACGCCGAGUUCUUCCGCGCGCAGCCGGCGUGGGCGCUGGCGCUGGCGGGGGUCGGCCUCCUGGUGGCCGCCCGCGCCGCGGUGCUCCUCGCGCUGUGGGUCUACGCCGCGUUCCUCCGGCCCGGGAAGCCCCUGCGCCGCCGCUACGGGGCCUGGGCGGUCGUCACUGGCGCCACCGACGGCAUCGGCCGCGCCAUGGCGUUCCGCCUCGCGGCCUCGGGGCUCGGGCUCGUCCUCGUCGGGCGCAGCGCCGAGAAGCUGGCCUCGGUGUCGGGGGAGAUCAGGGGGAAGUACCCCAAGGUCGAGGUGCGGACGUUCGUGCUCGACUUCGCCGCCGAGGGGCUCGCCGCCGGGGUGGAGGGGCUCAGGGAGGCCAUCCGGGGGCUCGAGGUCGGGGUGCUCGUCAACAACGCCGGGGUCUCGUACCCGUACGCCCGCUACUUCCACGAGGUGGACGAGGAGCUCAUGCGCACCCUGAUCCGGGUCAACGUCGAGGGCGUCACGCGGGUCACGCAUGCCGUGCUCCCGGGCAUGGUGGAGAGGAAACGCGGCGCCAUCGUCAACAUCGGCUCCGGCUCUUCCUCCGUCAUGCCGUCCGAUCCGCUCUACUCCGUCUACGCCGCCACCAAAGCUUACGUUGACCAGUUCUCAAGAUGCCUUUAUGUUGAGUACAAGAGCAAGGGUAUUGAUGUGCAAUGCCAGGUUCCCUUGUACGUGGCAACAAAGAUGGCGUCUAUCAGGAAGUCCUCUUUCUUUGUCCCAUCUGCAGACACCUACGCCCGUGCUGCCAUUCGCCACAUUGGCUAUGAGCCGAAGUGCACACCGUACUGGCCACACUCUGUAAUGUGGUUCUUGAUCUCCAUUCUCCCCGAGUCACUCAUAGACAGUAUACGCCUUGGAAUGUGCAUCAAGAUCCGCAAGAAGGGGCAGGCAAAAGAUGCUAAGAAGAAAGAACAGUGAUGCUUCAGAUACUCAUUGUUGUUGAGAUUUUUACUGUUUCUUGAGCAUGUUGGACUAGUACGUAGCUCUACUGUACAAGUUCAUAGAUACAUUACCGUCCAAGUUUAGAUCGUGAGUGAUGUUCUUUGCACUAAUUAUGAAACGCGACUGUAAUCUUUGAUUUCCUACUGCAAUGCCAGAUUCAUACUCGGAAUUGAAGUUGACUUGGAAAAAAACAA